AUGCUCAAGUUCUUCACGGAAGUUAGUAUGGCUUCAAAUUUGUUGACAAGAUUACCAAAUUCCACUCAUUUGAAUGCAAAUAUAAUGGUUCUUGAGUUGUCUGGAAAUAUGAUUGCCAACUCAUCGAACGAAUUGCAGCAAUUCAGUUCACUACAAAUUUUAGAUGUGUCCGACAAUCGUUUGCGAUCUCUAGAGUUUCUGCCUGAGCCUUGCUUAUUAGUAAAUUUUACAGCGGACUACAAUUAUAUUGCAAGUUUGCAGGGUCCUUUAAGUUCCUGCACGCAGUUGCGCUACCUCAGUUUAGAUGGAAAUGAAGUGGCAAGUAUACCCGCGAAUAUGUUUGCCGGAAUGGCUGAUCUGAGAAUUCUGUCGCUCAAUGAUAAUCCUUUAGGUACUCUAUCGGGCGAUGUUUUUCGAGGGCCUUUGAAAUUGAAUAGUCUCUUCUUGAGCGGAACAGAACUUACCGCUAUACCACGUCGUCUAUUUUCUGGCACUCCAGAAUUAAAAAUUUUAUAUUUGAGCCGUAACCGUUUACGUGACUUCCCUUCUCUGCCAAUCAGAGAAUUAGCGGCUUUGCAAGAACUGAAGAUUUGGGGUAACCGCAUAACAGAACUACCUACUCUCAGUAAUUGCUGCCCACAGCUUCAGGCAAGUGGACAUUUUUUAGUAUACGAACGAUGA